AUGGAGAGAAUAAACACGAAAUGGGUAGCAGCAGCAGCGAGCAUAUGGAUUCAAAGCUUCAGCGGAGCUACAUACACAUUUGCAAUCUACUCUUCAAUCCUCAAGUCAUCUCAAUCUUAUGACCAAUCUACCCUCGACUUUGUCUCCGUCUUCAAAGACAUCGGUGGCACUUUAGGCAUCUUCUCCGGUUUCCUCUACACGGCCAUGACCUCCGGUCGUGGUGGUGCUAGUGGGCCAUGGGUUGUCGUUUUCGUUGGCUUGGUUCAGUGGUUUCUUGGAUUCUUUUUCAUGUGGGCUUCCGUCGUUGGCCUCAUUCCUCCGCCUCCUGUGCCGCUCAUGUGCUUGUUCGUCUUCUUGGCUGGUCACUCCCUCCCGUUUUUCAACACCGCUAGUGUCGUCACCGCCGCUCGUAACUUCCCUGACUACGGCGGGACCGCCGUCGGCAUUAUGCAGGGGUUUCUAGGUCUAAGUGGAGCAAUUCUGAUUCAGCUGUACCACGCUGUCUCCGGCGGAGAAGGUAACCCAGCGACAUUCCUUCUAAUUCUGGCCAUAGUACCAACGGUUGUCAUGUUCUUGAAUAUGCCUUUUGUGAGAGUCUAUGAAACGGUCACAACGAGUAACAAGAAGCAUUUGGAUGGUCUCUCUGUGAUCUCUUUGAUCAUCUCCGCGUAUCUUAUGGUCGUUAUAGUUUUCGAAAACGUUCUUGGUCUGUCACGGUCCAUGCAGAUUCUCACCUUCCUCCUCGUGCUGAUACUGCUUGCCUCUCCUCUCUUGGUUGCGGUUAGAGCUCUACGCGAAGAAAGGCACACACUUUCUUCUUCAUCUCUAGAAUCCCCUGUUCUCGCCUUGCUCGAGUCUCAUUGUGAAGAUGGAGAUGGUGUGGUUGUAGAAGACUCGAACAUAUUGGAAGCAAUGAGCACAAUGAACUUCUGGCUACUCUUCUUGGCAAUGCUGUGUGGGAUGGGAUCUGGAUUCGCGACUAUAAACAAUAUGAGACAGAUUGGGGAGUCUCUUCGUUACUCUACUGUUCAGCUUAACUCUCUGGUGUCUCUCUGGAGCAUAUGGAACUUUCUAGGCCGGUUUGGGGCCGGUUACGUAUCAGACACGUUCUUACACAAACACAGCUGGCCAAGACCGGUUUUUAUGGCGAUAACUCUAGGCGUCAUGGCUAUAGGUCACGUUGUGGUGGCCUCUGGUUUACGAGGAAGCCUCUAUGUCGGUUCGGUUUUGAUCGGUAUGGCUUACGGGUCGCAGUGGUCGCUUAUGCCGACGAUUACGUCGGAGAUAUUUGGGAUCAGGCAUAUGGGAAUGAUUUACUUCACGAUUUCCAUUGCUGGUCCCAUUGGGUCGUAUCUUCUUUCUGUGAAAGUGAUUGGUUACUUCUACGACAAGGUAGCUUCUGAGGAGGACAAUUCUUGCUUUGGAAGUCAGUGUUUCAGGACUUCGUUUUUGAUCAUGGCGUCUGUGGCUCUGUUUGGUUCCUUCGUUGCUUCUGUUUUGUUCUUCCGCACUAACAAGUUUUACAAAAGGCUUGUAGCCAAGAGGAGCUUGAAAAGCUCUAUCUUACUCUUGAACAAUUGCUCCCAGGGAAGCUUCUUCAAUCUUAACGAAAACAUGAGCCUCACAUCCUCAGAGACAGACGUUCCUGUUCCCGAAGAUUUUGGGGAGUUCAUGCGCUCUCGCAUACUGCAGUCGAAACGACCCGACCAUGAGCAUCUAUGCGCUGUCAUCGAGGAGCUAUCAAAAACUCUAGCUGAAGAUAGUCAUUCUCGGACUCCUGUGGCUUACUUUGCCGCCACGUGCAUCUCCCUAGACAGCCUCUUGUCUGCAAAUGCUGAACCACCUUUGGAUGUUGUCCAGCCACAUGUUGUCAUCCUUUCCCUUGUGUUCCCUAAAGUCUCAGCAGGAGUGCUGAAGAGGGAUGGUAUGGCUUUGCGUCUCGUCCUCAGCGUGCUUCGUCUUGAAUCAGCCACGACUGAGUGCUUGAUUUCGGCGUUUAAGUGUUUGGUUCAUCUCCUCGCAACCGUUGAGUCCAUUGUGGUGAACGAGGUCUCUGAAUACUGUAGCAUCUUGCUGAAUUUCGUAACUCAUUCAGACGGGAAGGUGAGAAAGCUAGCAACCUCCUGUCUCCGUAAUGUCCUGCAGAAAUCCCAUGGAACAAAGACUUGUCAAUUAGUAAGUGGAGCUAUUGCAGAACUGUUCCAGAAAUAUCUAAACCUUGGCCUUGAAUCAGAAGCGGGUUCUGCUGAAGGAUCCAGGGGAGCGUACCAAAUGAUUCAUGUUAUCAUCACUCUAAAAGAGUGCUUGGCCCUGAUGUCGAGAAAGCACAUUGCUUCUGUGUUGGAGGGCUUCAAGGUGCUGCUGACUAUGCGUGUUCCAGACAUUAUUAGUCCGGUGAUAGACUCUUUAAAUGCAGUGUGUCUCAAUCCAACCUCUGAUGUUCCGGUUGAGGCGCUGGUCGAAGUGUUAUCUAUUGCGGCUGGACCGUUCAAGGCACAUGAAACAUCUGCUGAUGCCAUGACCUUCACGGCGCGUUUGCUGAAAGUUGGAUUGACGAGGGCUUUUUCCCUAAACAGAGAUCUUUGUGUGGCUAAACUUCCUACUGUGUUCAAUGGUCUGAAAGAUACUAUUGCAUCUGAACAUGAGGAGGCAAUCCUUGCAGCAACGGAUGCGUUGAAGAGUUUGAUAUAUUCAUGCAUUGAUGAAAGCUUGAUUAGAGAAGGCGUCAACAGCAUCCAGAACUCAAACUUGAUUGUAAAGAAGUCUACUCCAACAGUCAUUGAAAAACUGUGUGCAGCAGUUGGAAGCUUGCUUGAUUACAAGUACCAUGCAGCCUGGGACAUGUCUUUCCAAGUAGUUUCGGCGAUGUUCAAUAAAUUAGGUGAAAAUUCCACAUAUUUUAUGAGGAAGACCCUCGAGGACUUGUCAGAUAUGCAAGAUUUACCUGAUGAAAGCUUUCCUCAUAGGAAGCAGUUGCAUGAGUGUGUAGGAUCAGCCCUUGGUGCUAUGGGACCUGAAACAUUUUUAAGCAUUGUGCGCUUAAACCUUGAGGCUAGUGAUCUGUCUGAGGUAAACGUUUGGCUCUUCCCAAUCUUGAAGCAGUACACAGCUGGAGGGCGGCUAAGUUUCUUCACAGAUACUAUUUUUAGAAUGGUCGAAACAAUGAGCCAGAAAGCUCAACAGCUCAAGCUACAAGGUCUUACUGCAGCAUCCAAGAGUGUGGAUUCUCUCGUAUAUUCAUUAUGGGCUUUGUUACCUUCAUUUUGUAACUAUCCCAUGGAUACCGAGGAGAGUUUUGCGGAUCUGGGGCAAGUAUUGUGUGGAGCUCUUCAAACGCAGGCUGAAACCCGUGGAAUUAUAUGCACCAGCUUGAAUAUUCUUAUUCAACAAAAUAAGGACAUUGUGGAUGAUAAAGAAGUAUCGGCCAAUGAUGCUAGUCCUGCUGUGCUACGAGCUACUGCUCGCUAUAAUUCACACCAUGCGGCAGCUAAUUUGAAAGUUCUGCGGAUGUGUGCUCCUAGAUUAUUGGAUGUUUUGUCAAGGAUAUUUCAUGAAUCUGGCAAAGAUGAUGGCGGUUCUCUUCAGUCUGCGAUAGGCAAUUUGGCUUCCAUAGCGGAGAAAAAGACUGUUUCCAAGCUACUUUUCAAGACAUUGCGAGAGCUUUUAGAGGCUACGAAAACUGCCAUUGCACAAGAUGAAAGUUCUGCUAGUGGGAUGGACGUGGAUACCGCAGACAAAAACUCUUCUUCCAACCUUAGGGCAAGGCUGUUUGAUUUGUUAGUUUCGAUUUUACCUGGUUUGGAUGGUCAAGAAGUAGCUACCGUAUUCAGUUCUCUGAAGCCUGCAAUGCAGGAUCCCAAGGGCCAAAUCCAAAAGAAAGCGUACAAGGUUCUUUCAAUCAUCUUGAAGAGCUCUGAUGGAUUUGUUUCAAAGAACCUCGAGGAGUUGCUUGAGCUAAUGCACAAUGUAUGCCAUGUCUCUGCCAAGCGCCAUAAACUUGAUUGUUUAUACUUUCUGUUAGCUCAUGCGUCAACGACUGAUGAUCUAAAGGAGAGAAAAGACAUCGUUUCUUCUUUUCUACCCGAAGUUAUACUUGCUUUAAAGGAGGUUAAUAAAAAAACAAGAAACAGAGCCUAUGACGUGCUUGUUCAGAUUGGUCAUGCAUACGCAGAUGAGGAAAAUGGUGGAGACUAUGAGAAAUUACAUGGUUACUUCAAUAUGGUGGUUGGUUGCUUGGCUGGAGAAAAGCCUCAGAUGAUCAGUGCUGCUGUUAAGGGUGUAGCUCGUUUAACAUAUGAGUUCUCGGAUCUCAUAGCUAGUGCUUACAAUUUGCUUCCUUCAACAUUUCUUCUCCUCCAGAGGAGAAAUAAGGAGAUUACAAAAGCAAAUUUAGGUUUGUUGAAGGUGUUGGUGGCUAAAUCACCUGUUGAAGGACUACACGCAAACUUAAAGAGUAUGGUCGAAGGCUUACUGAAGUGGCCAGAAGGAACCAAAAACCUUUUUAAAGCAAAGGUGAGGCUUCUGUUGGAGAUGCUCAUCAAGAAAUGUGGCACGGAGGCUGUCAAGUCCGUGAUGCCUGAGGAACAUAUGAAACUCCUGACAAACAUCAGAAAGGUCACGGAACGCAAAGAGAGAAAAUAUGCAGCUGGCUCUGAAAUGAGUAGAUCGCAGCAUUCAAAAGAAUCUUCAUCAAAGGCUAGCAGGUGGAAUGAUACAAAGAUAUUUUCUGAUUUUGCGGAUGAAGACGAGGACAGCGAUGUAGACUACAUGGAUGGGGAGUCGCGUGGCCGGACCAAGGCUUCCUCUUUUUUGAAAUCUAAGGCAUCCGGAUUGAGAUCCAAGAAAAACCAGAAGCAGAGUCAUCUUGCAGUGGACGAGUCAGAUGAUGAACCGCUUGACUUAUUGGACCGAGACAAAACAAGAUCAGCUCUUCGAUCAAGUGAGCUUCGCAAACAGAAAGCUGACUCGGAUGAAGAAGCAGAGUUUGAUGCGGAAGGACGCCUAAUUAUCAGUGAAGGAGGAGGGAGAGCUAAAAGAAAGGAAAUGUCUGAUGCAGCCUCGGAUGCCAAGAGCAGCAAAGGUAGCCGUUUCUCUGCAAACUCGUCGAAGAAGAACCAAAAGCGGAUGAAGACAUCAGAGUCUGGAUACUCUUACACAGGCAAAGAGUAUGCAAGCAAAAAGGCAAGUGGUGAUCUUAGGAGGAAAGAUAAACUUGAACCAUAUGCUUAUUGGCCACUUGAUCGUAAGAUGAUGAGUCGCAGACCAGAUCAGAGGGCGGUGGCAGUCAGAGGUAUGUCAAGCGUUGUCAGGCUCACAAAGAGGAUGGAAGGCAAGAGCGCUGCGGAAGCACUUGCCACCACCAAGUUCAAAAGAUUCAAGAGGAGUGGUAAGAAAUCUGCUGGCAAGAAGAAAAACAAGUAA